GGAUCCCACAAGACCCUCCCCUCGGUGAAAAGGACAGACUUGAAAUGAAUUUAUAAAGUCUGCCAGCUUUCCACAUUCUUUCUGACUUCUUUUUAAUUUCGUCCCAACGGCAGAAAUCCGCGAUACAUCGCCUCCCGUUCAGCGUCAAGCCACAAGGGUCAAGUGAAAGACAGGUGCUGUGUGCUGUCUCUCUCUUUCUCUUCACCACUGUCUCAGCUACACAUGGCUUUUUCACUCCUGACCCGCCAGCUGACUGCCUCCCUUCAGCAAAACCUGCGUCUUACCAGUACAGGUUGCAGAUAUGUGAGCAAAACUGCCACCAAAACCGAAUCAGAGUUUGAAUAUGAUGCCCCCUCUAUGAAGACACCUGUUCCAGGUCCAAGGUCCAAGGAGCUGUCAAGACAACUGGGGGAAAUUCAGAAUGUUGGAGCUAUUCAUUUUUUCUGUAACUACGAGGAGAGCAGGGGGAACUAUCUGGUGGAUGCGGACGGCAAUCGAAUGCUGGAUGCGUACACACAAAUCUCCUCUAUCCCCAUUGGUUACAAUCACCCCGCUCUACUGAAAGUGAUGACCAAUCCAAACAAUAUGAGUGCAUUUGUCAACCGAGCAGCGCUUGGCAUCCUGCCACCUGAUAACUUCCCAGAAAAACUGGUUGAAAGCCUUCUGUCAAUCACGCCCAGCGGGAUGUCCCGGGUGCAGACAAUGGCCUGUGGAUCCUGCUCCAAUGAGAACGCAUUCAAAACCAUGUUCAUCUUGUACAGAAAUAAGGAGAGAGGACACAACGGCCCUUCUGAGGAGGACAUUAGCACUUGCAUGAUCAACAAGAGCCCCGGAUGCCCAGAUUUAAGCAUUUUGUCUUUCAUGGGGGCUUUUCAUGGAAGAACGUUGGGUUGCCUGGCCACGACACAUUCAAAACCCAUUCACAAACUGGACAUACCCUCCUUUGACUGGCCAGUGGCCCCCUUUCCCAAGCUGCAGUACCCUCUGGAGGAGUUUGUAAGGGAGAAUGCACAGGAAGAGGCACGAUGCCUAGAGGAGGCGGAGGAUCUCAUUGUAAAGUGGAGGCAGAAGGGCAAACCAGUGGCUGGGAUUGUGAUCGAGCCCAUACAGGCCGAGGGAGGAGACAACCACGCCUCACCUGAUUUCUUCAGCAAACUCCGCAAUAUUGCACGCAAGCAUGGCUGUGCUUUCCAUGUGGAUGAAGUCCAGACUGGUGCAGGAGCCACGGGCAAGUUCUGGGCCCAUGAGCACUGGGGUCUGGAUGACCCUGCUGAUAUUGUCUCUUUUAGCAAGAAGAUGCUCACAGGAGGAUAUUUCCACAAGGAUGAGCUAAUGCCAGAAAAACCCUACAGAAUCUUCAACACAUGGAUGGGAGACCCCUCAAAGAAUUUGUUUUUAGCGGAGGUGCUCAAUGUGAUCAGGACAGAGAACCUUCUGGAGGAGGUGACGCGCUCCGGGAAGGCUCUGUUGAACGGUCUUUACACACUGCAGGCCCAGUACCCUCAUAUCCUGAGCAGGGCCCGCGGACAGGGAACAUUCUGUGCCGUAGACGCCCGGGACGAUGCCAUCCGCGACAGUAUUUUGAUCAAGACCAGGAACAAAGGUGCUUUUCUGGGCUCUUGCGGAGAAAGGUCCAUCCGUUUCCGUCCUGCUCUGGUCUUCAAGGAGUAUCACGUCCACCAGCUUCUGAACAUACUAAAUGAUGUCCUAGCUGAACACAAAUAAGAGUCCCGGUUGCCCAGAUCGGUCAUGAUUAUGAAAUAUUGGGGUCUGAGCCCAGUGAGGGUGUAUAGCUUGUCACAGUUUAUCUCACUUCCUCUCAGUCUAUUCUCUUCCUGACGUUUCCUAUAAAAAAUGAUAGGAAGCUGUUUUCUAUCUUUUUUUAUCAGAAACUUAGGUUAGCCCAGCACCAUAUUUUCUCAUUGACUGAGGACAGAGAAAUUCCAGUUAAAACCCCAUAGAUCUAGGGUCCUUCACUCAAAUUUAUUUAGUAAUUAUUAUUAAUUAUUUAUUAAUAAUCUGUAUUUCAUCUCUGAACUGUAAAUGAGGUCCUGAGGAUCAAAGAGUUCACAAGAGCUGUCCCAAGACACUUCUGACCAAAGCGAUAUGAAGACUGCAGAGAUAAAAGAAAAGAAUUUCUAACCGCAAUAUUACUUUUUUAGUAGUUCAGGACUUGGUGUUAGGAGGUUGACGUGCAAGAUUGUGCAAUGACCACUGACACUUUGUAGUAAAAAAUGAAACUACUGUCUUAAUGAUCUGUUGUUUAAUCAGAUGAAUCUUUCCUAUAAAGUAGAUGCUAUUUUAGUGUCUAUAGUGAAUUGGCAGUGCUGGAAUGUGUGGUUUUGUAUGAUUUCAAGAUUUUCAGAGUACCUAUGGUGAAGAGAAAGCAUGUGCAACAGAUUGAAGGUGGAAACAAUGGUGGACUGAUCGUACCCUGGGGUUCCGGAAAGAGCUGAUGGAAAGGUGGAAAAAGUCAGAAGGUUCAGAGAACUGUGGAGCGUCUAUUGUUGUUUUAACAGAACAUUUAUUGAUCUGAAGACAGUCAGCAUUGAAGAGGACUGUUUUACUGUGUUAGUUUAACUCUGACGUCCUUUAAAAUACAUUCUACAGCCGUGCCAAAGUCCUACAGCGUUAAUAGUGUUUCACAGUUAACCAAGGCCAUAAAUGUGCACCCCUGAUCUGUUCAAAUAAUAUAAUCAAAAGCACAUAACACUAUCACACAAGCUUGGGGCAGUGCAGUUUUUUGUCCACCCAGCUCAGGUGAACGAACAUGAUCCCCUCAUGCGCGUGCAGAGAAUAAGGAAAACAUUUUCAGCUGAAACCGAGACGCACAAAAUCACUCGACCAGUUUGAUACAGCUAGCAUGCCUGUAACUGUUUGAGUUUUGGGGUGAUUCUCCUGUUCUACUUGCUCUGAUUCUCCUGUUAUUCUUGCUCCAAUUUGAGAAUAAAUAAAGAUGUGGUUUUAAACAUCAUUUUCUUUCAAGAUAUUGAGGCCUAUGUACUUACUAUAUACUUAGCUUAUACAAUACUUAUUCUGUAUGUUUACCACAGUGAAGGCCAAAUUUCCAUUUAAGGGCAUCCUUAUUUAAACUGACAUUAAAUUAAUACAUGUAUAAAAUCUCAUCAUGUUAAAACGGAGCAUUGAACAUUUUUCUUGUGAUAUUGUGUCCCAUGUCUGUGAAAAGUAAAUGUAGUUCUGGUUUUGAUUGCAUUUUAAAUAUUCUUUUUAAUGUUGUGAAACACACAGGGCGAUAGAAAGCCUACAUGUGAAAGUUGCUUGUUUGUACUUGGCAAAGUCUAUUGAAUAGAGAACUGUGUAUCGUUGAUUAACAAUAAAAAACAAUGUUGUGUCAUUAAAUUAGAAAAAAAAAGUAUGUAUUUCUACAUAAAUAUUGUUGUCUGAACAAAAUAUAUGUCUAAAAAUAAAUUUUACUUUUUUGUUAA